CUGGACCGUCGAAAACCGGCCAAUAGGACGGCCCAAUUAUUUUCGCUCCGCUUCCGUUGGUUAGGGUUGCUACAAAACUCUACUGGAGUACUAGUUUGUUUCCCUCGAGUUUCUAGUUCAACUGUCGGUGGCUUUAUCCACUUCGCUAUUCUUCUUCUUCUUCUUCUUCUUCUUCUUCUUCGACUUCUCCGUCUCCGAAUUUGCUCUUUAAAUCAGUUAUCAUCACCACAAUUCCCUGAACUUUCAAAAAUCUCUUCAAAUUCAAUCAACCAUUCUAUAAAGGAAUGGCAACAAUUCAGCUUACUGCAUCAUCAAUAUUGGCUGGGAACUUGUUCUCAUUUGAAGGGCUUAGGCCUUCAAAGGUUAGGAUCUCAUCAGUUGCUGUGAAACAAGUACGGCCGAGCCUCAGUUCCUUUCGUAGCCUCGUCGUGAAAGCAUCCACCACUGUUGCGCCCAAGCAAACGUCGCUCAAGCCAUUGGGUGAUAGAGUGCUGGUGAAGGUUAAGCCUGCAAGCGAGCAGACUGUAGGCGGUAUCUUACUUCCAUCGUCAGUGCAGUCAAAACCUCAUGGAGGUGAGGUUGUUGCUGUUGGAGAUGAUAAAGUAGUUAGACCGUACAAGAUUGACCGAAGUGUGACUGGUACCCAAGUUGUGUAUUCAAAGUAUUCAGGGACUGAAGUGGAGUUCAAUGGAUCAGACCAUCUCAUACUAAAGGAGGAGGAUAUUAUUGGUAUUUUGGAGACAGAUGACAUGAAGGAUCUGAAGCCCUUGAAUGAUCAAGUUCUGCUUAAGGUCGCUAAGGCCGAGGAAAAAACUGCUGGAGGCUUGUAUCUAACUUCGGCAGCCAAGGAGAUGAAACCUUCUACUGCCACAGUGAUUGCCGUAGGGCCUGGUUGUCUGGAUGGUAAAGGUGAUAGGCAGCCGUUACCAGUUUCUCCAGGAGACACAGUACUAUAUUCAAAAUUUUCAGGGAAUGACUUCAAAGGAAUUGAUGGUUCGCAGUAUGUUGUUCUUAAAGCAUCUGAACUGAUGGCUGUGCUUUCUUAGUUUCUUGUUAUGAUGAUACAUGUUCUUUCCUUUACAAAAAAAAUUCAAGGCACAGAAUUGUACGAGAGAAUUUUGUCACUGGACCACAUGCGUAAAUGGGUGUAGGUCAAUUGCUACAUUCUUACAUUCUUAGUAGAGAUAAUAAUAUUUGGUGCUCCUUACAAGUUCUUUGUGGUAAUCCAAAAAUUGUUGGUCCA